AUUGACGUGAUUUUUUUUUCGAAAGAAAAAAUUGGACUGACGUGUUUCUUUAUUAUUAAAAAAAUACCUUGGUCUGGCAGUCCUUGCUGAAAGAAUACCUGCGGCAGCGACGGUCGAUGACUCGACGGGAAGAAGAAAGUCCGAGUCGGACUUGAAGCAUCCGGCGACGCACACAGACGGUAGACGCAGAGAGUAUCGGGCAUCUGCUGGACGGCUAUUGGGCAUUUAGGUGAGGCGGCGAGCUUCAGAUUUAAUCGCUGCCAGAGACCAGAUUGUUCUGCGUAGUUGGUUGCUUUUGUUCUGAUGGAGGAACCAAAGCCGAAGUCAUCUAAGCGAGCUGACUCUGAAAAGGAGGUGGAGGGGCCUAGACGGAAAAGCCACCGUGACAGGGAUGGCCACUCUGACCGAGAUAAAGAGAAGAGUGGAGAGCGGCAUAGAGAUAGAGACCGGGAACACUACCAUGAUAAGAAGGAUCGCCGUGAUAAGGAGAAGGUAGUUGAGGAUAUGUACAAGGAAAGACACAGGGAAAGGGAGAAGGAGAAGCACAGGGAUAAGCAUAAAGAGAAAGUGCGGGAAAGAAGUAGCAGGGACAAGGCCGGUAAAGAUGAAGAAAAGGAUAGAUCGGACAGAGAGAGUGCUAGGGAAAAGCGCGAUAAAGAGAGGGAUCGUGAAAGAGAGAAAGAUAAGGUGAGGGAUCGUGAAGGAGAGAAAGAAAAGGAACGGGAUCAGGAGAGAGAAAAAGAAAAUGAGAAGGAUCCUGAAAGAGAAAGGCAGAGAGAGAAAGAAAGGGAUAAGAAUAGGGAAAAAGAAAGGGAAAGGGAGAAGCAAGAGAAGGAUAAAAGGGACAAGGAUAGGGAAGACAAGGAAAGGAACAGAGAGAAGAAGGUUCGUGAAAAAGAGAAGCGCCAUGAUUAUGUCACUGAUGAUGAUGAUAAUGAUGCCAAUGCAAGACAACUUGAAAGAAAAAGGAGGAGAAGGCAUGAACAGAGAAGCAGGGAUCAUGAACGAAGUAAGCCAUCUAGUAAGGUUAUUGAUGACAACGGAAAUGUUAGCCCACCUAAAAAAAGUGACAAUGAAUCAUUGGAAAAGAAACAGAAGAAUCUGGAAGAAGAGCAAGCUGAGGAACAAAGGAAACUUGAAGAUGAUAUGGAGAAGCGAAGAAGGAGAGUUCAGGAAUGGCAGGAGUUGAGAAGGGUAAAGGAGCAGUCUGAGAGAGAAAAGCUUGGAGUCGCAGCAAUGAGCGAUGAACCCAAGUCAGGCAAGACUUGGACAUUGGAAGGAGAAUCUGAUGAUGAAGAUGCAGUGUUUGAGGAAAAACAAGGCAUUGAUAUGGAUGUAGAUGAAUCUGCUAAGCCCUUGGAUGGAAAUGGUUCUGUCCUAGUAAGUUCGAACGCCUUGUCUGAUUUAGAAGUUUCACAGAAUGCUGAAAAUGAUGCUCCUAUGGAUGAUGAAGAAAUUGACCCGUUAGAUGCAUACAUGAAUGCUAUGGUGUUGCCUGAAGUUGAAAAGCUGAACGAUGUUGAGACCACUGUUGAAUAUACAAAAUCUGGUUUGGAAGACGGAAAUGCUAUAAGGAAGAAAGAGCAACCCAGGAAAGGCAUCCGAAAACCAAUGGGAAGAAUCAUGCCUGGUGAAGACUCUGAUUCAGAUUAUGAUGAACUUAGGAAUGAUGAAGAUCCUUCGGAUGAUGAAGAUGAUGAAGAAUUUAUGAAACGGGUUAAGAAGACCAAGGCUGAGAAACUAUCUAUAGUUGACCACUCAAAAAUUGAAUAUCCUUCUUUCCGGAAGAACUUUUAUAUUGAAGUAAGGGAAAUUUCAAGAAUGACCUCUGAAGAGGUGGCCUCUUACAGAAAGCAAUUGGAACUGAAGAUCCAUGGAAAAGACGUGCCGAAGCCAGUUAAAACGUGGCACCAAACUGGAUUAUCCACUAAGAUUUUGGAUACAAUAAAGAAACUUAAUUAUGAAAAGCCAAUGUCAAUCCAGGCUCAGUCUUUGCCAAUAAUUAUGAGCGGCCGAGAUUGUAUUGGCAUUGCAAAGACGGGUUCUGGGAAAACAUUAGCUUUUGUGUUGCCAAUGUUGAGACAUAUUAAGGAUCAGCCUCCACUUGCUUCUGGGGAUGGACCAAUUGGGCUUGUAAUGGCCCCUACACGAGAGCUUGUGCAGCAAAUACAUAGUGAUAUAAGAAAGUUUGCUAAGGUUAUGGGCCUUAGCUGUGUUCCUGUGUAUGGAGGCUCAGGUGUUGCUCAGCAAAUUAGUGAGUUGAAAAGAGGAGCAGAGAUUGUUGUUUGCACUCCAGGUAGGAUGAUUGACAUACUUUGUACUAGCAGUGGGAAAAUUACCAAUCUGCGAAGAGUCACUUAUUUGGUCAUGGAUGAAGCUGACCGGAUGUUUGAUAUGGGUUUCGAACCUCAGAUCACAAGAAUUGUUCAAAAUACGCGUCCUGACCGCCAAACUGUAUUGUUUUCUGCAACUUUUCCUCGUCAGGUUGAGGCAUUGGCACGCAAAGUACUCAACAAACCUAUUGAAAUUCAGGUAGGUGGAAGGAGUGUUGUAAACAAAGAUAUUGCCCAAUUAGUUGAGGUGAGGCCAGAGAGUGAAAGGUUCCUUAGACUGCUGGAAAUACUUGGAGAAUGGUCUGAGAAAGGAAAAGUUUUGGUAUUUGUCCACUCUCAGGAGAAAUGUGAUGCUUUAUUUAAGGACUUGCUAAAGCAUGGUUAUCCAUGCCUUUCACUUCAUGGGGCAAAAGAUCAGACUGAUCGUGAGUCCACUAUUGCAGAUUUUAAAAGUAAUGUAUGUAACCUGUUGAUUGCUACUAGUAUCGCUGCUAGAGGUUUAGAUGUAAAGGAUCUUGAUCUGGUGAUCAACUUUGAUGCUCCAAACCAUUAUGAAGACUAUGUUCACCGUGUUGGACGUACUGGGCGAGCUGGUAAUAAAGGCUGUGCUAUCACAUUUAUAUCUGAAGAGGAUGCAAGAUAUGCACCUGAUCUUGUAAAAGCUCUAGAACUCUCUGAGCAAGUUGUUCCUGAUGACCUGAAAGUGCUCGCUGAUCGUUUCAUGGCAAAGGUUAAUCAGGGACUUGAACAGGCUCAUGGUACUGGUUAUGGAGGCAGUGGCUUUAAAUUUAAUGAAGAGGAAGAUGAGGUGAGGAAAGCCGCAAAGAAAGCUCAGGCAAAAGAGUAUGGCUUUGAGGAAGACAAAUCAGAUUCAGAGGAUGAAGAUGAAGGAAUUAGAAAAGCAGGGGGUGAUGUCUCUCAGCAGGUGGCUGUAGCUGCUGCUCUUGCUGCGGCUACAAAAGCAGCAAGUGCAUCUCAACAUGCAGGUCCUGUCCCAAUUUCUCAGAUGCAGCAUCAUAAUGGAGUACCCGGACCCCUUUCCAAUAUUCUUCAAGGUAAUGGACUCCUAAUUGCCCCUAACGAUAUAUCAGCUACAACAGCGGCAUUUCUUGCUGCGAAGAAUUUGCAGCAGAACUUGGCUAAGCUUCAGAAUGAGGUCAUGCCUGAGCAUUAUGAAGCCGAGUUGGAAAUUAAUGAUUUUCCUCAAAAUGCUCGUUGGAAAGUGACACACAAAGAGACCCUAGGUCCUAUUUCAGAAUGGACUGGAGCUGCCAUCACUACCAGGGGCUAUUAUAUCCCACCUGGGAAGGUACUUGGACCAGGGGAAAGAAAAUUAUACUUGUUCAUCGAGGGCCCUACAGAGCAAUCUGUCAAGAGGGCAAAGUCUGAGUUGAAACGUGUUUUAGAGGACAUAACUAUGCAAGUAACAUCACUUCCAGGCUCAGCUCAGCCAGGGCGAUACUCAGUUGUGUAAGAAUGCUGGGUUGUUUAUCUGUUGUUCCUGUAUAAGCUUCGAUCUUUCCUAAGAAAUGCAUCAAAAGAUUGUCUGUUUUGAGAAGAGCCGCUGUAUUAAGUUGGGAUUGCUUUUAUUUCAGUUGACAUGGUGAGCUAUAAGAAGAAUUGGUGUAGGCUUGAAACCUUUAUGGUAAGCCUUCUAUCUGAUAAAACUUUUAAAUUUGUUGGAUAGUGAAUAUAGUUUUCAAUGACUUGUAUUUACUUGCGGGUGAGUUCAAUUUUAAGAAUUGUCUUCACCUUUAAUUUUGUAAUUGUCCACAACCGCAGUUUUGCUGCUCUCUUAAAUGCAGCGCGUAAACUUGAUUAUGGUUCACACCAUGUUUGUCAAAUACACGGUAGUAAUACACAAGUCCACUCGCUGAUCAAUCUAUCUCCAUAUGGUUUAUGUAGUUUUUCUCCCAAACCUUUAAUCCAUUUGCUCAUAUAUUACAGCAAUGAAGACUGAAUAGAGAGGAUAUUAAGAUCCUGACUCAGCCAUCAAUUUUUACCUUUGUUAGUAUAGAUGUAUUGGUUUGAUGAGUUUUUCCCCCAAUUUCAAGUCCUCUAAUUGUCGGAUUUGUCGUGGUAAUGAAAUUUGGGUCAUAGCUUUGAAUGUUUCUCCAUAGUCCUCCGGUUAUGGUGAUAAACAAUUAAACACACUUUCGUUACCGGUCUUCCCAUUUUUGUAAUCAUCUAACUGUUGUGCUUUCAGCUGGUUUGUCUCCAAUUACAGGCUUGAUGUUCUCUUUAUUCACACUAUCCCUUUUGUGUAACAAUGUGCUAUGAUGAAAGAUUCAAUUCAGUUGUAAUUCCAUUUUUUUGUAAUUUAAUACUCCUUAUAUAAUUAAUACUACACCAAUUUAUUAAUUGCAAUAGCUUAAUCUUUGCACUA